AUGGCCGACAACACGUCCACGGGUCCCUUCGACCCCUACACUCAGGUCUUCUCCCUCCUCGGCCCCGACGGCGUGACCGAGAUCCCCGUCAGCGUGGCCCAGGUCGAUGCACUGUUCCUGGGAGGGACUUCGACCCAGGUCAACUACGGUAGCCAGAUCGGCGCCACCUUCAUCAUGCUGCUGGUCGUCCUGACCAUGACGCCGCGGCGCCGCUUCACCCGGGUCCCCACCAUCAUCAACAUUGCCAGCCUGGUCGUCAACCUGAUCCGCUGCGUGCUGCUAUCCCUGUUCUUCACGUCGUCCUGGAUCGAGUUCUACGCCCUCAUGUCAGGCGACACCAGCCGCGUGGCCCAGCAGGACUACAACAUCAGCGUCGUCGCCACCGUGUUCAACAUCCCCGUCGUCAUCCUGAUCCAGUUAGCCCUGGCCGUCCAGGCGUGGUCCAUGAUCCAGCUGUGGCCGGCCAUGUACAAAUGGGGCUCCGUCAUCAUCUCGGCCGCCAUUGUCGUCGCCACCAUCGGGUUCAAGUUCGCCAGCGCCAUCCUGCAGAGCCGCGGGAUCGUCGGCAACGUUGAUCUACCCAGCGUCCUGUGGGUCCGGAAGACUGACCUCGUGCUGAGCAUGACUUCCAUCUCGUGGUUCUGCUUCCUGUUCGUCGUCCGCCUUAUCAUCCACAUGUGGAUCCACCGCACCAUCCUCCCUCCGGUCAGGGGCCUGUCGGCCAUGGAGGUCCUCGUCAUGACCAACGGCAUCCUGAUGUUCGUUCCAGUCAUCUUUGCCGGCCUCGAGUUCGGCAACUUCAUCCAGUUUGAGUCCGGCUCCCUGACCUACACGUCGGUGGUCAUCGUCCUGCCCCUCGGCACCCUUGUCGCCCAGCGGCUCGGAAACCCGGCCGCCUUCGCGACACCGAGCAAUAGCAAUGCCUCAAACGCGGCGGGAGGCGGCGGCGGCAGUAGAGUGCCGUUCCUCAACAACUGGCACACCAACGCCCGGACCGGCACUGUCCUGAGCAGCGGCGUCACGUCCCACAUCGUCAGCAACGGCAGCCGCGAGAAGGCCCACCACGGCAACGACGCCGAUGUGGAGAGGGGUGUCCGUGUGGACCGCGAGAUCGAGCAUCGGGAGGAGCGUAUUUCUGGCGGCUCUUGAGGAGGGUUUGGUUUUCCAAGGGAUGCCCCCUCCCCCUUUUCUCAUAUGGGGCAGCAG